AUGGUGGAGCAGGCGGCCCAGCAGGCAGCGGCCAGUCUCAGCCUGGGCCCCGGUGCGGAGAUCGUCGCCGAGCUCAUCGAGAGGCUGGCGGCGCUGGGGCACGCGCUCCUGCUGCGCGGCAAGCCCGACGCGAGCCUGGGACUUCGGCACCAUCGCCUCGGGGACGCGCUCCCACAGCUCACGGCCAUGGGUCUGCUGCCCAGUGACACGGCGGAGCGCUGCAAGCAAGUCCGGGUCUCGGAGCCCUUGCUGAUGGGCAUGCGGAGCUCGUGCGGCGCGGUCGUAUUCUCGACCUGCCACGGCCUGCAAUGCGGGGCCCCGCGCGUCACGGGGACGCCGAGGAGCGUCGAGAAGCAGGCCGUGGACGUGGAGGAGCCGCUCCUCGCGGGGGCCGCGGAAGCUGCGUCAAUUUCGGCGCCGAGAGGGUUCAGGGCCGAGGCGGAGAUCUUCGUUCCGCUCGUUGAGCUCCGCAGGCAGUUUGCGGAAUUCCUGGGCGUGCCGCAUCGACCGCUGAAGCCGCUGACCCCCGAGCUGGACGUGGGCUCCAUGUUCAAGGGCUUCGCGGCGACGGCGGCGACAAUGGCGUCUUCGGCCCCGCCUGCAUCUGCUCCGAGCCCAGCCGAGUGCAAGCAGAGCUGA